AUGCUCAGGCUGUGUGAGAUCCAUCCCAAAUCGAUUUCGGCGCGUAAGAAUAAACAGACAACCACCCUGCGCUGGACCCUCGUGUUGAAGGAGUACAAGAAAAUUCGUAAUCUGGUCUUGGCAAAUCCACAGGUCAUGAAGGACACAGGGAUACAACUGUUCGAGGUGAACAAUUCAACGUUGUCUACCUGGUACAACAACAAAGAGAAAAAAGCCGAGAAAGCUGUCCUUGGGCAGGCAAUCACAAUGGACAAGCCCACAAGGAUUGCGCCCCGACCAUUGCCACCAGCCAUGGCGUUACCGGCAACCUUGCCCCAAGUACCAGAGGCACAACAGCAUCGCUUCCUACUUCCAGACAAUACAGCUGGCCAAACUCCCGUCAGGAAACAAAAACCUUCUACCGUUAGUACGCCUACGCCGUUAUCUGCCACCAUCAGUACACCGGCUCCAGAUCUGCCAGAGAACACUGCAAUGCCACAGAACGUUAUGAUGCCACAGAUUCCCAACAUCAUCAUGACACCGCCUCCCGCCAUUGCUACCCCUCAACCACAGCAGUUCCUUCGCAUUGUGAAUGAAUCAGGACAGGUCCUCAUGCUGCCAUUGGGAAGUGGUCAAAUGCAAUCCUUCCAGUCACCAGUUCCUCCAUCUCAGUCAGCGCCGUCUCGUGCCUCUCAAGAAGUGUCAAGAAGCCUUCGGGACAAGCUGUCACUGACCAAUGAACAGGCUGACAGUGUCAUUCCUCUGUGGAAUGACCUUGAAGAAUAUGACAAGCGGCCAACAAAAAUACCUAUUCGACACCAGAAGGAACCACUGCAGGGUCGGUUCAAGGCCAAAUCCAAAGUUGCACCUGGAGCUGAGGCUACUCAGAGAGCUUUCCUUGGUCCGAAUGCUGCGCCAGCCGUGAAACCAGAUGCAAACCGCUACAUGGAAGCCAUUGUCAUCAGGCUGUGUCACCUCUUUCCAUCUCCAGUAAAGAAGGGCAAUAAGAUCAACCAACAAAUGACGCUGGUGGCAAGAGAGUACAAACAGAUAAGAGAGGUUAUCGUCGGCAACCCCAGAGUGAUGGGCAACACUGGGUUGCAACUAAUGGAGAUAAAUGCGUCUACUCUUAGUAGAUGGUACCAUAGAAGUGAAAAGAGGAAAGAGAAAGAAGUCCUCGCACAAGCCAUCACUAUCCCAGCCCCAGCACCCACAGAAACUCACCAACUGCCAGAACCAAAAGAGCUCCUGCAGACUCACCCAGAGACCCCAGCACAGCAGAUGCACCAUUUUGACCUGCCGCAGAACACCGUUGGCAUGGCUCGUCUCAAUGUUCAGAAGAAGAAGAAGCCAGCACCAGCAGCUCAAGGCAGCAGCAACCCGGUGUCCACACCAGCAUGUACCCUGCCUCUACCGAUCCUGCCUCUACAAAUCCAGCCACGCCAGAACUUGCCUCAACCAAUCCUGAUAGCACCAAGACCAAGCACCACACCGCAGUUCCAGUUCCCUCAAAUUUUCAUGUGUCCUAUGCCAGUCCAUCCAGAGAUUCCAGCACCCCAGAUGCCAGCUCAACAAGUGCGACCAGUGCCAGCCUUUCCUCCCGAGGUCUGCACAAGAAGUGUCCCGUAG